AGCUUCAGGAUGAGCGGAAGAGGCAAAACCGGAGGAAAGGCCAGAGCCAAGGCCAAGACUCGCUCGUCCCGCGCGGGGCUGCAGUUCCCCGUGGGCCGCGUCCACAGGCUGCUGCGCAAAGGCAACUACGCGCAGCGUGUCGGGGCCGGAGCCCCCGUCUACCUGGCGGCCGUCCUGGAGUAUCUGACCGCCGAGAUCCUGGAGCUGGCCGGGAACGCCGCCCGCGACAACAAGAAGACCCGCAUUAUCCCGCGUCACCUGCAGCUGGCCGUCCGCAACGACGAGGAGCUCAACAAGCUGCUGGGUGGAGUCACCAUCGCUCAGGGUGGAGUACUGCCCAACAUCCAGGCGGUGCUGCUGCCCAAGAAGACCGAGAAGGCCGCCAAGGCCAAGUAGAGUCAACACUGCUGGACCCACAAAGGCUCUUUUAAGAGCCACUCACCUGUUCAAUAAAGGGCAUUAUUCCUUUUUUCUCCAUCUUAAAAAAUGCUUAAACUAUGUUUACUAUGAGAAACUACUGAGUGGGAAAAUGGUUCCACAUCUUAGGGAUAAGUGGGAUAUGAUUUCUGUAUUUUCCAUAUCAUAACAAUUGACAUUAGACUCCAUCAACCAUGUUACUUUUAAACCUCUUUAGGUUAACUUAUCCUAUUAUAAAUUCUUGUACUCUUUCUUCUGUGUUGCCCAGUUACAAUCAUGAAACCUGAAGGAUUUUGUAAAGAUGUCAGAAUGGAGGAGUGGGCCAAAAUCUACUGCAGUUAUUGAAAGUCUGGUCAAGAAUUACACAAAAAAUAGGAAAACUAUGAAAUUGUAAAUAUCUUUACCAAAUGUUCAGUGGCAUUUUCCCAGCAUAUAAAAUGCAAUAAAAUGCCAGCUUAUGCAAUAAAAUGCAAUUUAAAGACAGCACAAUGUAACUUUUUGGAUUUUUUUUUUAAGAUUGCAUUUCUCAGCUUUGAGGUGAACCUGAUGAAGAUUACAAACCUUGGCAAU